GAGACACCGUGACAAAAUCAGGCGUAACGGAGAAUGUUAAUGAGGGAUCUGCUGACUUGUAACUGUCGAUAGCUGCCCGAUCAUCUUCCUCUCCACCACCAUCAUGCCCGCCAAAAAAAACCGCGAUAAGAAGGCUGCCGCAGCCACAGCACCCGCAAACGAACCCGACCCAUCCGCUCCUUCUGAGGCCACGGAAACCCAACCAGCUGAAGAACCUCGUCCUCCAGUUCAAGUCCUGUAUUGCGCAGUCUGCACUUUUCCACCCGAAUAUUGCGAGUUUGGGUCCAGCUUCACUCGAUGUAAAGCAUGGCUACAAGAAAACCAUUCAGAUCUUUUCGACAAGUUUUACUCUGAAGAGGCAUUGCAAAACAAACUUGGCACACUCAGCGUGGAGGCGCAGUCAAGAUUAGAGAAAGAUACUGCAAAGAAGGAGGCCAAGGCCGUGGCGAAAGCGGAUGCUGCAUUAAAGAAGAAGAUGUCAUCGACGGUCACAAUAAAACGGAUAGAGCGCAACAAGCGGAAACACGUCACUUCUAUCCAUGGAUUAGAGGCGUUCGACAUAGAUUUGAAAAAGGCCGCUAAACAGUUCGCAUCCAAAUUUGCCACAGGUGCUUCCGUGACGAAGAAUCCCCAAGGACAGGACGAAAUCGUUAUACAGGGGGAUGUAUGCGAUGAGGUCCUGGAGAUGAUCGAAGAAGGUGCCGGAAUGUUGAAAGGAAUACCCUCGGAUAAUGUGGAAAUAAAGGAAGACAAGAAGAAGAAAACCACCGACGACUGACCACGAACAUUGAAAUCUGUAUAUCUCAUGUUGCACCAAGUAUUCAAGAUAUCAAUAUCAGUAUAUGACUUAGGUUGCACGAACAAUGCAGAAUUAACCUAUGAAUUCUCGAAACAGG